UCAGCUUUCAAUGAAAUGCAAAGAUUUUGGGAUAAGAACUUAGCACUUGGUAGGCCAAAUUCUCCAUGGGUCAUUUAUAGACCCCAUCUCCCGAUGAUUACAUCCUUCUGCCAUCGUGUGACUGGCAUUGCUAUGGGUGUUGUUUUCUACGCUUUUUCGAUUGGAGUGUUUCUGGCUCCGGGCGAUUUCCCAAGUUACGUGGAGUUUGUGAAGAAUCUCCAGCUUCCUCAACUUUUCCUGUUCCCAGCCAAAACCAUAGUGGCAUUCCCUCUUGUCUACCAUUACAUCAAUGGUAUCAGACAUCUGACCUGGGAUGCAGGACACGGGUUCGAGCUGAAGACCCAGUACAAGUCAGGAGCCAUCAUCAUGACCUCCUCCAUUUUAAUCUCUGCUCUCCUGGCAUCAAUUGCCUACUGGUAG